AUUGUCUGGAAGAAAUUAACGUUCUCUCGUUGCUUUCCAAAAGCAGCCAAAGAAGGUUAUGGAAGAAAGAGCACACGUCGGGACUGGGGACUGGGUACGGGGGAUAAGCCAUAAGCCGCUGAUAUUUAUUGCUAAAACAUUAAAAUAUAAUUUCUUGAUUGCCAAUCAGAUUUAGUCAUUUGGAGGAGGCGUAUUUGAUCAGAACACGCCGGAAGGGAGGAUCAAGUUCAUCAGCGAACGACGAAAAAUAGUAGAAUCAUCAUCUCCCGGGAAAGAGAACAAAAAGAUUUUGCCGGGUAGAUUCCAUUGGUGGGUUUCAUUAACUCGAGCAAUACAAAUCCAGGAAAGGGAAGGAACCAUGAGUGUCACUUCCAUUUUGCUCAGUCUGGUUCUGCUUUUCACUCUUUUCUCUUUCUCUUAUUCCGCGAACGCCUCUGAACUGUUUGAAAGCUGGUGCAAGCAGCAUGGCAAAACCUACUCUUCCGCAGAGGAGAAACUAUACAGGUUCAAAGUAUUCGAGGACAACUAUGCCUAUGUUUCCCAGCACAAUCAAAUGGGCAAUUCCAGUUAUAUGCUGUCCCUCAAUGCCUUCGCUGAUCUCACCCACCAUGAGUUUAAGGCCUCUCGUUUAGGUUUAUCCCCCGCUUUGCUUCGAUUCGACCAUCGAACGCUUCAGCAGCCCGACGACAUUCGCCUCGAGAGUCUUCCUUCUGAGGUUGAUUGGAGAGAGAAAGGGGCGGUAACUCAGGUCAAGGACCAAGGAAGUUGUGGCGCUUGUUGGUCAUUCUCAGCAACAGGAGCUAUUGAAGGUAUAAAUAAGGUUGUUACAGGCUCUCUCGUUAGCCUCUCUGAACAAGAAUUGGUAGAUUGUGAUAGAACCUAUAACACUGGCUGCGAGGGUGGACUCAUGGAUUAUGCUUAUCAGUUUGUCAUUGAUAACCAUGGCAUUGACACAGAGAAGGAUUACCCAUACCAAGGUCGUGAAAGGUCUUGUAUCAAGGAUAAGUUAAAUAGACAUGUUGUUACCAUUGAUGGUUAUACCGAUGUGCCUCCAAAUGACGAGAAGCAACUACAAAAGGCUGUUGCAACCCAGCCUGUUAGUGUUGGCAUAUGUGGGAGUGACAGAGCUUUCCAGUUAUACUCAAAGGGUAUUUUCACCGGCCCAUGUUCAACUUCUUUGGAUCAUGCGGUGUUGAUUGUAGGAUAUGAUUCAGAAAAUGGAGUGGAUUACUGGAUUGUGAAGAAUUCAUGGGGAACUAGUUGGGGAAUGAAUGGUUACAUACACAUUCGACGAAAUACUGGCAACUCCCAAGGGUUAUGUGGAAUCAACACGUUAGCAUCAUAUCCAACCAAGACCAGCCCUAAUCCUCCUACUCCAUCUCCACCAAGUCCUGUUAAAUGUAAUAUCUUCACUUAUUGCGCACAAGGAGAAACCUGUUGCUGUGCAAGACGCUUUUUUGGUAUAUGCAUUUCAUGGAAAUGUUGCGGCUUAUCAUCUGCCGUCUGCUGCAAGGACAAUCGCCAUUGCUGUCCCCAUGACUAUCCUGUAUGUGACAUCAGAAGGGUUCAAUGUCUUAAGAGAAAUGUUAAUAUGACGAGAACAAGGGCACGUGAGAUUGAGGGCCCUUUCCUUAAGCCAAAGGGUUGGAAUUCUCAGUGAGGGGUUCAUGUUCUAUACUUCACGCGUUGUGUUUCAGAACAGCUAUUUAUAUUGCAGCUUAGCCUGGAGUUUGACUGCCGGAAUAUUUGUAUUACCAAAACACUUGUCUGAUGGGGUUGUUUACGCGUCUGCAAUGAAGGAACAUUGAUGGUAUGAGUCAUUUUUCAGAUUGACUUCAUAUCAUUUUAUUCAAUUCAAUAACGAAAAUCAUAUAGGGCAUCUUCCUUUGUAUGCUGGAUGAGAAGAAAAGUGAAUGUAUCUAGUCCAAAAUCUGGUACACAUUCCUUUGGAUUUCUAAUUUCUCUGUUGUUUGGGACAAAAUAUCUGGACUUUUAAUUGGUGCUGCAUAUUUGGUAAAAAUAUCACAACAAUGAUUAUGAUAUUCAA